CCCCUCUCUCUGUUCUCUCAUAAAAACCGAAGGUCAGGCUACGCCACUUCUCCCACCGUCACCAACGAGAUACGGACCUCCGUCGCACCGUUAAUUUAUUUAAACCUUUUCGUUAUUUAAUUUGCAAUUCGGGUUGAUUAGGAAGUUGUUGGGAUUUUCUCAAUCCAUGGCUUCUACUGAUAGAGAAGAAAUUGGCCGGAUCAAAGGUCCAUGGAGCCCCGAAGAAGACCAGGCGUUAAAGAGAUUGGUCCAAAACCAUGGCGCGAGAAACUGGUCUUUGAUAAGCAAAUCGAUUCCUGGUCGAUCGGGAAAAUCUUGCCGGUUGCGGUGGUGCAACCAGCUCUCCCCUGAGGUCGAACACAGACCAUUUUCACCUGAAGAAGAUGAGGCCAUUAUUCAGGCACAUGCUCGCUUCGGCAACAAGUGGGCGACCAUCGCUCGCCUUCUCAAUGGCCGGACAGAUAACGCCAUAAAAAACCAUUGGAACUCCACUCUCAAGCGAAAAUGCUCCUCCCUCUUUGAAGACUUGAGCGACGAUGCACAUGCCCAAGUCCAACAGCCUCUCAAAAGAUCCGCUAGCGUUGGUGCGGCUACGGUUUCGGGUCUUCAACUUAACCCGAGUAGUCCAUCCGGAUCCGAUGUCAGCGAUUCCAGCUUACCCGGUAUGGCUUCUUCUCCUGUUUACAGGCCCCUUGCGAGAACGGGUUCCCUCCAAGCGGGUCUUUCAAUCGAUGCUGCAUCUUCCACCACCGAUCCGCCGACAUCCUUGAGCCUAUCUCUUCCUGGGUCGGAUUCUUUCGAAGCAUCAAAUCAGGUAUCUAUAAUCGGGUCAGGAUCCGGAUUCAAUCAUGGGGUGACCCCGAUACAUGUUGUACAGACACAAUUGGUGCUGCCAACUGCCGUGCCAGUGGAGCAAGCUGCAACUACACAGCAGAACGGAGUUGGGUUUGAGAAGCAAUUCUUCAGGCCUGAGUUUUUGGCAAUGGUGCAAGAGAUGAUAAGGAAGGAAGUGGGAAGAUACAUGUCUGGUAUUUAGCUGAAAUGGGAUUAGUGGAAUCGAGUAGAGAAACAGAGUAGUUUGCUGGUGAGUCGACUCGGGAGGAAUCGGAGGAGAGACUGUUAAGGGAAAUGAACGGGAAAAAGAAAAUGAUAUUUUCUUUAUUUAAGUUGCUUUAAUGGUUAAUAGUUGCUUUAUACAGAAAUAAUAAUUUUGGUAGUGUACAGAGGAACAAAUUGAUAUGUAAAGGGCUCUGUUCAUGUGAGGAGGAGAAUGGACAAAGGAAAAUCCUUUUUGAA